AUGGCAACAAAAGCAAAGGAAAGUUAUGUUGUUGGAAAGGAGAAGAAGGCCACAACUUCAAAUUCUCACACCACAACCACCAAAAGGACCACCAAACCCUUAACAUCAACAUCAUCAACAUCAUCAACAACAACAACACCAUCAACCACAACUACUACCUCCAUUAAGAAGCUUAACAGAACCUCUUCAGACAAAAACAUCCCCAACUAUCUAAAGCCCACUUUAACCUCACGCCAUGAAUCAUCAUCCUCUUCCAAACAUCCCAAAACCAACAUUCACAACAACAACAAUAUCAAGAAGACUUCAGAAGUGAGAAGAAGAUCUUUGGACAAACCACUUUCCUCUUCAAACAUCACAAAACCUUCACUACGUAGGUCUUCCAUUGGCCCACUUUCCAAAACCACUAUCCCUUCCAAACCCAUUUCAGAUAAGGCCACAAAGGCCACAACUGAUGCAAAAACCAAGCCCUUACACACAAGGGUCACAAAGAAAACCACCCCUUCUACUACUAUUUCUUCUACAGCCACUAGGAAGGUAGUAGCCAACAGGGAUCAUCAUGGUUCUGUGAUGAAGUCAGCAAAGAAUACUACUCCCAAGCAAACUAAGAAGGCCUUGAUGAGUGUUGAAACUGAGCAGGUUAAGGAAGUUACAAGUCAAGAAGUUGAAGUGGAAAAGGUGGAGGAUGAAGAACACAGUGUGCAUGAGGUUGAACAUGAGCCUGAAAUGUUAUUAUUACCUGAUGUUGAAUGUGAAAAUGAGAUUGAACAUGUGAUGGUGGUUGAUGAUUCUGAGGCAUCUCAUUAUGAAGUUGAUGAUGAUGAGAGGGUGAUCUCUACAGUGUCAGAAGCAGAAGAAGAAGAGAAGGCAAAAGAUGAGGAGCAUGAAGUGGAGGAAGAUAAAGAAAAGAAAGAUGGAGUUGUUGAAAAUGAGAAAGAUGAAGAUGAAGAUGAGAAAAGUGAAAAGAAGAAGAAGAAGAAGAAGAAGAAUGAAGAAGAAGAAAAUGAAGAAGAGGUGGUGAAGGUUGAGACAACAACAGCAUCAAAGCAGCAGUUAGAAGAAAGGAAAAAUGGGAAGAAAGAGGCUCAGAUAUCCAAUGUUGUGAUUGAAGAAACUACAAGCAAGCUUAUGGAGGAAAGGAAGAACAAAGUUAGGGCAAUGGCUGGAGCAUUUCAAACUGUCAUUGAUCACCAAGCCUCAUCAAAAUGAAUCAUCUAAUCAUUAUAUGUAUUUCAUGGGAGAAACUUCUUUGUUCACACUGAUAUGUGUACAUGGAUUUGAAAAAAAGAAAGAAAAAAAAGUAGAAAAAGAAAGAAAAUAUGAGAUCAGGAGUGUAAAGAGUUUACUCUGAUAUGUGUACAUGGAUUUGAAAGCAAGUGUUG